AUGGCUUCAUCUAAUGGUUUUUUCAACCACUUAACCUAUUUUCUGGCUGCUGGUGCUGUUAGUUUAGGAAUUGGUUUCUUUGCUCUGGCAUCAGCUUUGUGGUUCCUGAUUUGCAAAAGAAGGGAAAUAUUUCAAAAUUCAAAAUACAAAGAAACUCCUGAGAAAGUCAAGCAAAGAUCACAAAAAGGAAAACAUAAGUCUCAAUCUCAGUGUGUUUUUAUUUCUCGAAAUUUUCAUACUGGAAAAUUCCAAUUACAGGAGCAAAGGAAAAAAGAAGGAGAACAUAUAAAAGCACCUGAAAAUUGCCCUAAAGAUGAAUUCCACCAAAUACCAAAAGAUGUCUGCAAGCACCCAGAGACUAGCUCAGCAACAAAUGGCAGCAGUGUCGCAGUGAGCUUAUCAACUGUGCCAUCGAAUUCUUACUGUAGUCAAAGUCUAGAAGCAGCUGAUGACUGGUUUUCUGAUGAUUCUCUAGCAAAAAGGAAUUCUCCAAAGUCCUUACUCACAGAACCUCUUGUGGAAAAAGUCUUUUCAUACUUGUCAACCAUUUCAUUAGAAGAAUAUGCUGAAAAUGGAGAGGACACAAUACUUUAUGAUGAUCAAAAUGAUGGCCACAUUAAGGAAAUAUUUGCAGGAAGAAACACAGAGGCCAAUAUAUAA